AUGGAGUCCGGCUACCCCUCCGAUUUGCCUACGAGGCAGGAACAAGAUGAAAAUCUUCUUGCUGAGAUAGGAUACAAACAGGAAUUGAAGCGCAAUUGGUCUCUCCUACACAACUUUGGCGUCUCAUUCUCUAUCAUUAGUGUCAUUACUGGCAUCACGACGCUAUUUCAAUACGGCCUUUCGACUGGCGGCCCUGCUGUCAUGUCGGUGGGCUGGAUAUGCGUCAGCUUCUUCACCUUUUUCGUCGCCUUGGGCAUGGCUGAGAUUGUAUCUGCAAUACCAACGGCAGGCGGUCCUUAUUUCUGGGCAGCUAUCCUAGCUCCUCCCAGAUCGUCUGCUUUUGCUUCUUGGAUCACUGGAUGGUUCAACUUGCUCGGUCAAGUCGCCGUCACCACUGGAAUUACAUUUGGGUGCGCCCAGCUGAUCUCAACGACCGCCACGAUAAAAGGCUCCUAUUCGCCGACUGCAGGCAAGACCAUUGGCAUUUACGCCGCUUUGUUGUGGAGUCAUGCAACGUUGAACACCUUUGGUGUGAAGCUCUUGAGACACCUGAACACCACAUCGGUCGUACUUCACUCUCUAGGCGUCUCUAGCUUUGCUAUUGCAGUUUUGGCGAAGGCACCAACUCAUCAAUCCGCGCAAUUCGUCUUUGCAAAAUUCAACGAUGGCACAGGAGAUCCUGGCUGGAGUGUGAGAGCGUCACCUGCGUAUGUGUGCGUUGUAGGAAUUUUGAUCAGUCAAUAUACCAUCACAGGCUUUGAUGCUUCAGCGCACCUGUCAGAAGAGACUAGCAAUGCAUCUUGGAAUGCCCCAAUCGGUGUUCUGAUGUCCGUCGGCUGCUCUUCUCUCUUUGGCUUCUUCCUGAUGAUAUCCCUCCUUUUCUCGAUCCAAGACUUCGAUAAGACGGUAGACAGUGACGUCGGGCAACCCGUGAUCCAGAUAUUGAUCGACAUUUUCGGCCCAAAUGGGGCUAUCGUCUUGAUGACUCUCGUCAUUCUGUGCGUUUGGCAUGCUGGCCUCUUCUCCCUAACUUCAAAUUCUCGGAUGAUGUUCGGCUUCGCACGAGAUAGGGGUCUGCCACACUUCUUCGCUCAUGUGGACCAGCGCUUCCAGUCGCCUAUCCGUACCAUCUGGCUCGGAGCCACACUGUCCUUUCUACUGGCUAUUCCAUCCCUCGGCUCUACAGUAGCCUUCUCAGCAGCCACAUCAAUUGCUACUAUUGGCCUCUACGUAUCAUAUGCACUGCCUAUUUUGGUCGGUCUUAUCUAUCACGACAAUUUUAAGAAAGGCCCUUUCAACCUGAGGAUCGCAUCGCGACCGGUGGCACUCAUUGCUGUGGGCUACGUCGCCUUUCUAGUCAUUGUGUUUUGUCUGCCAGAGCAGAAUCCCGUCGACAGUCAGACCCUCAACUACACUCCGGUCGCAGUGGGUAUCGUUGCGCUCUGGGCAUUUGGUAGCUGGUUCUUGUGGGCAAGACGAUGGUUCACUGGACCUAUCAGGCAAAUUGAAGCCGAGAGAGCGGGCAUAAAUAUUGAUGAACCUGGAGCAUUGGAGGAAGCUGAAGCUCAGGGGAAGCUGACUGGAAAACUGGAGUGA